UCACUACCACACGUCAGAUGACUUGUCAGUAGAGUAUAAAAGGCGCUCUGGGUCUACUGUGGACUACGGUGCAGCCAUCAAGCCCUCCAGCUAUGGGAAAGAUAAUCUUUUACGAAGGUCACAACUUCCAGGGCCGCCACUGGGAGUGCAACAGCGACUGCUCUGAUACCUUCAGGCACUUCAACUGCUGCAACUCCAUCCGGGUGACUGGCGGGCACUGGGUGGCCUACGAGAAGCCCAACUUCAAUGGCUACCAGUACAUUCUGAGCCAGGGGGAGUACCCCGACUACCACCGCUGGAUGGGGUUCAACAACUGCAUCCGUUCCUGCCAGAUGUUCCCCCCUUACAGAGGAGCCUACAGGAUUAGGAUCUUCAACAGGCCAGAGAUGUCCGGCAGCAUGAUGGAGUUCACCGACGACUGCCCCAACGUGUUCGAGCGUUUCCAGUACCGUGACGUCUUCUCCUCCAAUGUCAUCGAGGGGUACUGGGUGUUCUACGAGCACCCCAACUACAGGGGUCGUCAGUACUUCCUCCGGCCCGGCGAGUACAGGGCCUGCAGCGACUGGGGCUGCAGCAAUCCCUGGGUGGGCUCCUUCAAGAGAAUGAGGAGUGGCCUCUGAGCUCCUCGCCCCUGGACUGUAACAAAGUGAUUAAACGUGCUGGUUUUUAAAA